CCCCAUCAUUCAAUAUCAUUCAUUAGGAAUUGUCCAUGCAUGACACGUCUAGUUAUCGUGGCGCUCAGCUCCAGCUUUGAAUUCCCUCGUUGUCAAAUGUCAUACUGUAACAACAGUGCUCCAAGUGGUGCAUGCUGCGGCCGAAGUUCUGUCACUUUAUUGGUGGUGCUUUUGUAUGCCGCGUCACAAGGUUAUACCACACAACGUACAUACUACGACAGGUUCGUCUAUGCCGCUGUCAAUCAGUGUAUCUUGAUUUACCGGGACUUAUGAAUUGAUUUCAGGUCAUGUACAUUCUCCCCAUAUAAUCAAUAUCAAUAUUGUCCAAAUAUAUACGUUCG